GAUCGCAAUUAUUGUCCUACUCCUUCUCUCAUUCAUCAUCCUCUCCAUUCUCUUUCCAUCGUCUGGCUGAGUUCCAUUUUCAAUUUUCAAGACCUUUACGCUAUUCCUGCUAUCUAUACAUUUCCCUUCCAAAAUUGUUCAUCUGGGUUUUUCUCACAGCCUUCAAACUGCCACAUCGGAGACAGUUCAGAUCUUGGAUUCAUCAGUUGUUCCGACUUCGCUGGCUGUGCUGGCUCAAAUGGCAGAGAUUGUAAUAUCAGUUAUUGCCAAAGUUGCUGAAUAUUUGGUAGAUCCAGUGGCACGUCAAGGGAAAUAUUUGUUCUGUGCUGGCAAAAUCACUGAAACUCUUGAAACAGAGAAGCAAAAGCUUGAAUCAGCUCAAUGUAAAGUGCAGAAUCGUCGCCAAGAAGCAAUGAUUAAAGCUGAAAGAAUUGAUGACGCCGUUGAGAAUUGGCUAGGCGAAGUGAAAAUUCAUAUUGAUGAGGUGCAAAAAUUGGAACAGCAAAUGAAAGAAAACAACAAUUGCUUUCAUGGGAGGUGUACUAGUUAUUGGAAGAGAUAUUGUUUGGGCAAACAGAUGGCAAAGAAGAUAGAAAACACAAAAAAACUUGUUGAAAGGAAUAAUUUUGAUCCCUUUUCUGUCCCUGGGGAAAUUCCAGAUAUAGAGUAUUUUUCUUCUGGAAAUUUUGUGUAUUUCCAAUCUACGAAGUUGGCUUCAGAUGAACUUUUGGCAGCUCUCCAAGAUGACGGUACCCACAUGAUUGGAUUGUAUGGAAUGGGAGGCUCCGGCAAAACAACCUUGAUUAAAGAAGUUGGCAAAGAGGUCAAAAAAUCAAAGCUCUUUGAUCGAGUCAUACUUGCAACCAUCUCCCAAAAUCCAGAUAAUAAAAGGAUUCAAGAUGAAAUUGCAGACAUGCUAGAUUUGGAAUUGAAAGAACAAAGUGAAGCUGGAAGAGCAAGACGUUUGUCAGUGAGAUUGAGUAGUGGGGAAAGGAUACUCAUGAUAUUAGAUGAUAUGUGGGCUAAGAUUGAUUUGAAGGAUAUUGGUAUUCCUUUUGAAGAUUAUCAUGUGGGCUGCAAGGUCCUUCUUACUACUCGACGUCAACGCGUCUGCACUUUGAUGGAUUGUGAGAGGAAGAUUCCAUUGCAUCUCUUAUCUAAAGAGGAAUCUUGGACAUUGUUCCAAAAGCAUGCUCGUAUUGUGGACAAAUCAUUACACGAUGUGGCACAAGAAAUUGUUGGGGAAUGCAAAGGGCUUCCUAUUGCAAUUCAAGCUGUAGGAGCCUCUUUGAGAGGAAAAUCUAUAGAAGAAUGGAAUGAAGCACUAGGAAAAUUGAGGUAUUCAAAACCAAUUGAGGAGGAACCAGGUGUUAGAGAUGCUUUUUCUUGUCUUAAGUUGAGCUAUGAUUAUUUGAGAAGCGAUGAAUCCAAGUCACUCUUUUUGAUGUGCUCUAUGUAUCCAGAAGAUUCAGAUAUCUCUGUUGAAGAUUUGUUUAGAAUAGCAAUUGGUGUGGGCAUGUGUGAAGAAUUGGGUUCACUUGAAGAGGUGAGAAACAAAGUGAGUGCAGGUAUAAAUAAUCUUGUAGAUUCUUGUUUGCUAAUGUGGUCUGAGAGAAAGAAAGAUCAGUUGAGAAUGCAUGACACAAUUCGAGAUGUAGCAUUGUGGAUAUCAUCCCAAGAAAAUCGCACUAUUCUAGUGAACCUUGAGAAGGAUAUGAAGGUGGCAAGAAAUGAGUCGAUAAAAGAUUGUUAUGCAUUCACUUCUUGGUGCAAUCAAACAUCUCAAUUUCCGCAAAGAUUAGAUGCUCCAAAACUUGAGAUUUUGCUCUUUAACAACGUAGGUGCAUGUGAAUUAUCAGAAGCAAAUUUUAGAGGUAUGGCAGCACUCAAGGUAAUGCAAAUCAAUGCUGGAUAUGAUGAAGUAGUGGACUUGUCAUCACUAUCAUACUCUAUGAAUUUGCUAACUAAUCUACAAACUCUGCGCUUGCAAGGUUGUCAAUUAGGUGAUGAUUUGUCAUGGGUGUUAGGCCUCAAAAGACUUGAAGUUCUUGACUUGAAAGGAAGUUCGUUUAAGGAACUUCCACAAGGAUUAGAAGAGUUGAGAAAAUUGAAGAUGCUGGUUUUGUCUUCGAUCAAAGAGCAAAGUUUUAAGAUAGUAGAGAGAUGCACACACCUGGAAGAGUUAUAUGCUUCAAAAAUCCGACUGAGUAGAACAACUUUAAAACUUGGUGGAUGUUAUUCCAAAAAUGCCUCUUUUCCCAUAUUACAGAGAUAUGAACUUAACAUUGGGGACUACCCUACAUUUAAUGGAGGACAUUAUGCUACUUUAAUGGGUUGUCACUCUAAGGUUUUGUUCUUGGGGGAAUUAAAAAUAUUUGCUUUAAGUCCAUUUAUUAAGGAUCUUUUACAACGAGCUGAAGCUGUUUUUUUAUAUAGACUUGAUGGAGGUUUCAAAAAUAUUGUACCAGACAUCGUUCAGGGUGUAGGAAGGAUGGAUGAGUUGACUAGCUUGUGGCUUCAUUCUUUUUCAAAUUUAGAAUGCGUUGUUGAUGCAAAUUCUCAUAAUGUUGAUUUGUUUCAAGCAGAAACUCUGUUUACAAAGCUAAUCAAGUUAAGGUUGGAGUCGUUAAGCAAUUUGAAAGAAGUUUGGUGCGGUCCACCUUUGCUUUUCUUCUUUGAGAAAUUGCAAGAACUACAUGUUUCUCGUUGUCCUAUGUUGACAUCACUCUUCCCAAAGCGUGUCGCCAGAGCUGUGCUGUCGUUACAGAAGCUAACUGUAGAAAGUUGUGAUGAAUUGAAGAACAUAAUAGACGAGGAUGGUGAUGGUACCAGCAAUGAAAUAAUUUCAGCUUCAAACAAUUCACAUUCGGUGUUCUCACAAUUGAAAAGUCUGACCAUCCUUGAUUGUCAUAAGUUAGAAUAUGUGUUCCCAAACUCUUGUGCUCAAGGCCUUGUGCAGUUGGAGGAGGUGCGUAUUGAGGGGGCUUCUCAACUAAAAUAUGCUUUUGGCCAAUAUAAAGAUGAACAUCAAGAGUUUCAGAUGGAGCUUCCUAUUUUGAAAUCACUCAAACUUCAUGGCUUGAAAAAUUUGCUUAGCAUUUUCCCAAAAAACUAUCAUUCAAGUUGCCCAUGUUUGAGAAAAUUGCACUGGGUGGAAUGUCCAAAAUUCAGAGCUUCAUGUGUUAACAUUAUGGUUGGUUCAAAUAUAAAUAUGGACUACCAGUUAUACAACAAGGUUUCAGCUCCACUAUCGCUUUUGAAGUUGGGGAAACUUGAGGUUAGGGGUUGUAGCGUGGAAGACAUUCUAUUUCCACUUGAAAGGGAUGUUUUUACUGAAAUGAAUUCCCAAAACAACUUGAUCUCACCCUUAGGCACUCUAAGAUUGGAUAAUAUGCCAGAGCUAAAGUUUGUUUGGAGUGGUCCAAUGGGAACAGUGAGCCUCCAAAAUCUUAGAGUAUUUAAAGUGAGGCGGUGCAACAAUUUGAAGAUAAUUUUCUCCCCUGUAAUUCUUAGAAGUGUACAAGUAUUGGAAUAUCUUGAAAUAUCAGAUUGCAAUGAAUUGGAGGAAAUAAUGAGUUGUACAGAGGUAGGAGAGCAAGUAUUGUUUCCAAAUCUGAGAUUGCUUCAAGUUUUGAGAUGUAGCAAGCUUAAAUGCUUAUUUUCAAUAGCCAUAGAUUGGAACAAUCAUUCAGAGAAUGUGUUACCCAACUUGAAAUUCUUAACUUUGGAACAAGUGCCAAGUCUUCAGGAUUUUUGCCACGGGUUAUCCUUUUCCAACAAUCGCCUUUUCCAGCUGUUGGGUUCAAAACUAGAAGGCCUGUGGUUAGGAAGUGAGCCAGAGCUGUGGGUGACGUGGAGAGCUCCUUCACAGAUUUCGAACUUUGUCCAUCUUCAAAACCUUAUACUGAGUGAAUGUAAGGAAUUGAAAUAUGUAUUUGGUGAGGGCUUCCACGGAAGAACCCUACCAAUGUUACAAUAUCUUACGAUAAUCAAGUGUGAGGAGUUGGAGGAAAUUCUGAGAGAGGAUAACGAAUUCCAAACAUGCUUUCCUAAAUUGGAGGACCUCAGAGUUGAGCAUUGCAACAAGCUCAAGUGUCUUUUCUCAAGCUCCUCUCUCACUCCAUUGCUUCCCCAUUUAGAGAGAAUAGACAUAUCUGAAUGUGCAAAGUUAGAGGAGCUUUUUGGGCGCUGCAGUGAAGCCAGCAGUAACAAUGUCAAUGAAAUCGCGCUUCCAAACUUGACAUCCAUACGACUAGAGAAAUUGCCGAGUCUUGAUGUCUGCAAUGGGUUCAAGUUAUACGCUGUGAACCUUACACAUAUUAGCGUGCGAGAAUGCCCAAAAUUUUCUUCAAUCAUAGGGGCAACUGUGAGCAUUUACACUCGAAUAAAGGGAAAGGAUGCAGAGCCUCGUGGGAACAACGGCAGUCAAGUGCUUGAUCAACUCCCAUAUUUCUUCCCAGUAUAUUUGACUUUAGAGAAAUUAGAGCUACAACAAUUAAGUGAGCUAAGCUUCAUAUGCAGCGCUUUCAUUACUCCCUCCCAAAAUUUGAGCUUCCAAUAUCUUGGAUCUUUAACAGUGCAUGGAUGUGGAAAGCUGAAAUGCAUCUUCUCCUCCCCUAUUUGCGGAAGCCUUCAACAGCUGACAGUGUUGGUCAUUAGAGAAUGUGAGGAAGUAGAGGAAAUCAUGCAAGAGGUGGAAGAAGCUCAGCAUGUAUCCCACAUUUCUUUUCCAAAAUUGCGGAGGAUAACAGUGGAGGGGUGCAACAAGUUGAAAUGCCUUUUCAGGACCCCUACAGUUGCAAUGCUUCUUCCAGAACUAUGUCGCAUAGAGGUAUCAAAUGCUGCGCAAAUGGAGGAGCUCUUUUCGCAUAACUAUAAUAGUGAUGAAGCCCCUGUCACUUCACAACAUAUUGUGUUUUCAAAUCUCUACUCCUUGAAACUUUCAAAAUUGCCAAGCCUCGCUCACUUCUGCAAAGGAUUCAACUUAAGUGCUCCAUAUCUUUAUGAUGUCCAGAUAAAUGAAUGCCCAAAAUUUGACUUUUCCUUUGAGGAAUCCACUUUCACAGAAAGCACAGGUAUAUAUUUAUCAUGCUCCCACCAUUUCCUUAUUCCUUUCUAAUCACUGUUAGUCUAUUACUGCAUGUAUACGUAAAUAGAUCAUGUAAAUAGAUCAUGUGUUAAAAAAUUACGAAUGGAUCAAAUAUUACAAAAAAUGCGCGUAGCAAAUGUUUGGUUACCUCUCACUACGUAGAGUUACUUGUUAAUUUUAUUUAGUUGUCUUGACAUCAGUUUUCCUGUUUCCAAAACUUACUUCAACAAGUUUAUAAUUAACUUCAAAAUUUUAAUAAUUGUAAUUCACUUUAAGAAAAUAGAAAGGCAUCAUUUCUAUUUUUAACAGAAAUUUAUCCUAUAUGCUCAAAAACAGUUUUUCUUUCGAUGCUGCUGACAAAUAUCAUUAAUUUAACACAAGAUAAAAAUAGAACAUGUGAAUUCCAUGGAAAGAUCCCCAUUGUUAAAAGAAUAAGGAUUGUUAUGUUCCCUCCAAAAUUAUACUCCCUCCGAUUAAAAAUAUAAGACAUUUUUUGAGAAGUUAGAUGUUAAAAAACGUAAGACUUUUUUUAUUUUUUGAGGUGUAAUCAUUACCUUUUUUUCAAAAGUGCCCCUAUUAAUAAUGAGUCUAUAUUUAUUGUAGGGUGUUUAAUAGAGAUAAAUAUAAAAAGAUAGGAUUAGUUGAAAGUAGGUAAUUACUUCAUUGAAGGGUGAGAUUCGGUUAAAAAUGCAUUAUAAUUUUGAACAUGGAGUAUAUGCUUGAGAUCAAUCAAAAUUCUGAUUUGAAAAGGUUCAGUUCAGAGCAUGCAGUAACUUCAAAGUUUCCUAGCUAAAAUGGUUGUGAUGAUCUGCUUUAUUUGAUUUGUUAAAAACGAUGUGUACGUAAUGAAAACAUUCCAGCACCACGAAUCAUUUGACGGAGAGCAUAUGAUAAAGGAAAGAGCAGAUGGCAGAAGCGAAAAGAAAGCAGCAAUUAUCAUAUGCAUGGGGAUGUUACUAGUUAGAAAUUUGUGUUUUGCACUGUAAAAAAUCCGGGUGAUUUCAAAUUUUGAAGUUUUAAGCAAGGCCUGUAAAACAGUGUAUCUGGUAACCAAGUGGAAAAUUUGAGUGAUAUAGUGUAGAUGAAUUUGAAUGUGUGGAUCGUUGUUUUGGAUUGUAUUGACAGUGAUGAUACAACUUAUAUUCGUUGUCUUUUGAUAACGUAA